UACCUGAAGGCAGCAGCAGCAUAGGGGGCUAGUCGCUCUCAGUGGCCACACCACCAUCACCACCACCAGCAACUGCAGUUAACGUACAGUUUCCACACUCAGGCGAAGACAGAGGUGGGCAGCGACAACAGAGAGGCACUUACAGCGGACAUUUUCGUUUAACAGAAGACCCUCACGCAGCACAGACGCACGACAGCACCCACAAACACACACAGACAGAGCCAUGGUGGAAUACUACCAAAUAUUAGGAGUCCAGAAAAAUGCAACGCAAGAGGACAUCAAAAAAGCUUACAGAAAAUUGGCAUUGAAAUGGCAUCCAGACAAGAACCCAGACAACAAGGAGGAAGCAGAGAAGAGGUUCAAAGAGCUGUCAGAGGCCUAUGAAGUGCUCUCAGAUGAAAACAAGAGGAAUAUUUAUGACCGAUAUGGCAAAGAAGGCCUUUCAGGAGGAGGAGGAGGAGGAGGAGGCCAUUAUGAUCACUUUGGUGGCAGCGGCUUCACAUUCCGUAAUCCUGAGGACGUUUUCAGGGAAUUCUUUGGCGGCAGAGAUCCAUUUGCAGACUUUUUCGCCGAUGAUCCUUUUGAUGAUUUCUUUGGAGGCAGUCGCAGUCGCCAGAGGGGUGCAAGCCGGACCAGGAUGGGUGGCUCACUCUUUGGUUUUGGGAGCUUCCCAGCAUUUGGGUCCGGAUUCUCAGCUUUCGAUUCAGGUUUUAGCUCAUUUGGAGACAUGGGUGGAGGAGGUAUCACCUCUUUCUCCUCUUCAUCUUUUGGUGGCGGGGGAGGGGGGAUGGGUAAUUUCAGAUCUGUGUCGACCUCCACCAAGUUCAUCAACGGCAGAAAAAUUACUACAAAAAGGAUCGUAGAGAAUGGCCAAGAGCGAGUCGAAGUGGAGGAGGAUGGUCAGUUAAAAUCUCUAACAGUUAAUGACAUCACAACCGAAGACCCCUUAGAGGAUGAGUUUCGUCGUCGCAGACAGAACACGCUUCCUGGCCUCAGCCCGCACCAGCGCUACCUGAGAAACUCCGCCCAGAACCCCUCGGAGGAAGAGGAGGAGCAUGGCCUACAGAGCCUGGGACUAACGAGAGGACACAUGGACACCAAGAGAAAGAAACUGUGGCUAAAGGAGGAGUCCAAAAAGAAAAGAGCUCCUCGACUCUUCCCACGAUUUGGUGGACUUGGUGCUUUUUUUUAAACACUCAGCCAAACACUUACACGCACACACACACACACCUACAUAUUUGUUGGCAUAAGCGCCAUCAAUCAUACGUGGCAUUAGUUCAUCUUUGCUAUGUAUCAGAGGCCCAACAUCCCCACUGCUGUGCCAUAUCUCUUCUUGUCUAUCAGCUGCAGUGCAGAGCGUAACUCCUGCAUGCUUUCAUCAGCCAAAUGGUAGCCUGCAGAGACCUCACUUCAAUGUUUUGUUUUGUCCAAGGUACAUUUUUAGUGGUUAAGCUUUUGCUAUUGCUGUAUUUAUUGUGGGUGGGCCCUGCGGAUGUACAGAGAGCAUUCAGAAGCUUAAUUAAUCUCCUACAAUUGGACUUUUCCACUUUUUACAGCAUGUUUUGAGAGAGUGAUGUUGUGUUUGAAAGGGUUCAGGUGGAAGAAGAAUUGCAGUAGCAGCCUUGUUUGUGAAAAUUACUGCACUAAUACUGUAUAGCGUAUGUGAGUAUAAGUGAAGGUCAAGCUAUUCAGUGAAUCCUUCAAUAGAGACAAAGAGAGGGAAGGAAUAUCUUGGGAAUGUGAGAGUAAAACAGAAUGAAAGCAUUGAAGAGUGAGCUUUAUUACAGAAAGAGAUGAACAUGUUCUGUUCACUCUUGCAUCACACAUAAAAAAUGACUAUCAACAAUCUGGCAGUAACAUUGUCCACUCUUUGCCACUACUCCCACGGGGUGAAAAUAGCUUUUAACCCCUCUCAAAGUCAUUAUUUUCUUUUUUGUAAGAUUCUUUGUACAGAGUGGAUUCAGUAACAUGUUAACCUUCCAUGAGUGUUUCAUAAAAGAUUCUUUAAACAAAAGGACAGCUUCCCCCAUCUGGGUUGUCCUUUACUGGUUGUUCUCAUGAUUACAGUAAGCGGAAAUGUGGAAAUGUCUGAGAAAUGUUCAUUUUUUAUGGACUCCUGCCAAUAAAUGCUUAAAGUAAAACA